UUAUUUUUACUCGCUCCAUAUGAGCAUUUAAUACCACUUGGAACUACAAAGUCCAGCAGACACUGCUCUCUCAGCCGGCUUCGGUACUUUCAAAAUACCGAAAGUUUGCCAACAGGAAUGAAUGCAUCGUUAGUUAGCUAACCGGACACCCGUGAACUAGUACGACACCAUGUUGGCCCGCGUGGGUGCUAUGACAACAGCAGUUCUCGGCUCUGCAGUGUUCUGGGCGCAGCGGAAAAACACUGAGCCUGAACAGGCAAACUUGGAUUUGACCAAUACUCCUAGUUCCGACCAGUCCUCAUCUCAGUACGAGCUGAAACUUGUUCAGGUGUUGUUUAGACAUGGUGCAAGAACACCACUGAAAUCUAUACCGGAUGUCUUGGAGGCGCACUGGGUUCCUGACCUACUGGAGGUUCCAGAUCACACCAAGAUCGAUUAUGUAGUUACAGACCUACAGGGAGGCCCAAGACCCCCUUCUCCUGUGGAGGAAAGCUACAGAGCCAGAACACUGGCGGGUGGCACAUACCCAGGUCAGCUGACCACAGUGGGCAUGCAACAGUUGUAUGAUCUCGGACUAAGACUGAGGAGGAGGUACAUUCAGGAUGUGGCCUUCCUUAGCCCAUACUUCAACAGUAAAGAAGUUUACAUCCGUUCAACCAACAUCGUCCGCACCAUCGAGUCAGCCAAGUGUCUGGUAGCAGGGUUGUUCCAGCAGCAACAGACUGAAACUGUGCCUAUCCUCACAGAAAAAUCAGAAAAAGAGAUCCUCUACCCAAACUACCAUGGAUGCAAACUUCUCAAGAUGCUCAGUGGUUCUCGUUGGGCAGAAUCAUCCACAUUGCCAGACAUUGCUUCUGAUCUUCAGAGCAUUCAGAGCGUGUUGGGUGUCAGGCCUCAUCAGCAUCUCGACUUCAUCCUCAUUAGAGAUGACAUGGUAGCCAGAGAGACUCACAGACUACCGUCGCCUGCAGCACUAGAUAGCUGGAGAGCUAAAGUAGAGCAGAGAGCUGUAGAUAUGAUCUGGCACAUCUAUGAGCCCAGUAACAGGGAGAAUCUGCAGCUCUGUGUGGGUCCUGUGCUUCACACACUUCUCUCUAACAUGGAGACCAAGGUUCACGGUAAUGCCUCAGAUUCAGGCAGGAAGCUGUUUCUGUACUCUGUACAUGACACUACGCUAAUGCCGUGCCUGAUGGCAUUGGGUGUAUUUGAUAUGAGAUGGCCUCCGUAUGCUGCCGAUAUCACACUUGAGCUCUACCAACACCGGCACAACAAGCAGCAUUAUGUCAAAAUAUCCUACAUCGGUCAGGAUCAGAAGAUCCCCGGCUGUAGUGAUGUCUACUGUCCUCUGAGAGAGUUUAAGCAGGCUCUGUCCAUGUAUGCCCUGCCUGAGGAGAGCUACCACACCCUCUGCAACCGCAGAGCAGACAUCCCCACCCGCUGAGUUCACACUACCUCACGCCUUUGAAAACAUACACACACACAUGUCCAAUAUGGUGCAACAGAAGCAGGUUCAUCUCAUUUCUUGUUUACACAUUUAAGAACUUUAGUCUGCUAUUCAUUACUUGUUUUAUUUAGUUGUUUAGAUUUUUUUGAGCAGUAUACGCAGAUUUACAUUUUAGUUUAGUUAAGUUAGACUUGGUUUUUAAUCAUGUCAUCAGUCACCAGAACACAAAAAGUGUAGUAUGCAAGAUAUUUUGUAAGCAAAUCAAAUUCAGAAUGAGGCGUUAAUAAAGAAUGUCACUUAUGAUACUCAUCACAAGACAGAAAGGGAAAUGACCCUGAAAAGUGAACUUAUUAUAAUUAUUUAUUAUAAAGUAAUCAGUGAUUCUUUCACUCAGGGUCCACUUUUGCAUUUGUGUAUUUGUGUUUUUGGAUUGGAGUGUGCGCACUUCUUGCAUAUCUGCGAUGUGACAGAUAAUGAAUUAGGUUUCACCUGUUUUUGUGAAUUUAUAUCAACUUUACAUCUUUCAUAAAAAUUUGUGUUAUUUUAGUAAAUAUUAUAAGUACAUACAAUGACAGUGUUAAAUGUUUAAAUAAAUAACUCAAGUCAUAACUCUUUUGUCUUACUGAAAGCAUGCACAGAAAAAGGCCUCAGAGUUCACUCAAUCAUUCAUAUAACCUGAACUUCUCUUUUCAGAUCUGUAACUGUAGGUGUUAUGUAAAGCCAUUAAAAUAAAGG